AUGGAGGACUACAACUUUAUCGUUGGGCAGCAAUUUUCUGAUGUCAAGGCUUUCCGAAAGGCUAUAAAGGAUGCUGCUAUAGCCCAACACUUUGAACUAAAGAUAAUAAAGAGCGAUCUGAUUCGCUAUUUUGCCAAGUGUGCCAAGGACGGCUGCCCUUGGCGAAUCCGGGCAGUGAAGCUUCCCAGUGUUCCGACCUUCACCAUAAGAGCCAUCGAAGGGACACACACUUGCGGAAAAAAUGCUCAGCUUGGCCAUCAUCAGGCAUCUGUAGAUUGGAUUGUAAAUCUUAUAGAGGAGAGACUGAGAGACAAUAUGAAUUACAAACCGAAAGAUAUAUUGCAAGAUGUUCAGAAAUUGUACGGGAUCACAAUACCAUAUAAGCAAGCUUGGAGAGCGAAAGAAAGGGGUUUGGCUGCUAUUUAUGGUUCUUCUGAAGAAGGAUAUUGCCUUCUUCCUUCAUAUUGCGAGCAAAUAAAGCAAAGUAAUCCAGGCAGCAUCACACAGUUAUUUACGAGCGGGUCAGAUCAUAGAUUCCAGCGUCUGUUUAUUUCCUUCAAUGCAUCGAUUUAUGGUUUUCUGAAUGGGUGUUUGCCUGUAAUAAGCUUUGGUGGUAUACAGCUAAAAAACAAGUAUCUUGGUAGCCUACUCUCUGUGACAUCAUUUGAUGGUGAUGGUGGGUUGUUUCCGGUAGCUUUUGGUAUUGUCGAUGUAGAAACUGAUGAAAGCUGGAUGUGGUUUGUAUCCGAGUUCCACAAGCUGCUUGAGGUGAGCACAGAUACUAUACCUCAUCUUACUAUCCUAUCAGAUUCUCAGAAUGCAAUUGUGAAUGCUUUGAGGAGAAAAUUUCCUACAGCUACUCAUGGCUCACGGUAUGGCCAUCUUUCUUCAAACAUAGAUGAAUUCCACAAAUGGAUUCUAGAAGCUCGUGAGCUCCCUAUCAUUCAAGUAAUAGAAAAAAUCCAUAGCAAGCUUAUGGUGGAAUUCAGUGAGCGACAUCAAAAGGGUUUGACAUGGACAUCGAUACUCACACCCUCAGCUGAGAAACGGAUGUCAGAAGCAAUUGAAACUGCUGGUAGUUAUCAUGUUUUAAGAUCAGAUGAAGUGGAGUUUGAGGUUUUAUCCUCUGAUCUUUCGCAUAUUGUGAAUAUAGGAACUCGAACUUGUUCUUGCCGGGACUGGCAGCUGUAUGGGAUACCGUGUUCUCAUGCAGUAGCAGCUCUCAUAUCAUCUAGGAAAAAUGUGUAUGAAUAUGCUGAGAAGUAUUUUACGGUUGAAAGCUACUGUAGAGCUUAUUCACAACCCAUUCAUCCUGUAGCAGAUAGAAGUGAAUGGAGCAAAGCAACAGAGGGUUUAUCGGAGGAUGAUGAAGCGCGACUUGUGCGUCCCCCGAAGUUUCGGCGACCACCUGGGCGACCAGAAAAGAAGCGGGGUUGCACGGAGGAAUCUAACCGUGAGAAGCAUACUGUUCACUGUAGUCGCUGCAACCAAACAGGUCAUUACAAAAGAACAUGCAAAGCUGGGAUUGUGCAGAUGAUAGAACACUAG